GCAGUCCUCGUGACGGGGGGAUGCAUAUUUGCUAUCUAGCUACCAUCUCUCUUCUCUCUCCCAUUCAGCCUUUCACAGAAAGAGUGUCAUUUGUCUGUGUGCGUUUUUGCCUUCGUAAACAAUUAGAAAGAAAAUAUAAAGGAGAGAGGUCCCAAGGGUAAGACAUUCCGUACUGAGCAGAACGAUUUGAAUACUGUCAAGCGAUACUUGGUGUUUUUUCACGCUCGCCCGCCUGCAACAUACUCAAACUAAGCGAACCAAGAAUCCCCAUGAUGCACGGCAGAGCAGCCCCUCUCUACACUGACGUAUGAGAGGACCAAGGCAAUGCAUGCUGGGAAGUGAAGUUCACUUAACGCUUCAUAGAUAGUUUAUUGUACUUUGUCAAGAAGCCCUAGUGGCUCUUUCCUUCUGAAGGGGCGGGUUAAACCUAGAAAAUGCUCAUUAGCUCUUGCAGCUGUCAGUCUUGAGUGGCUGUUGACCAUAGCAACUGAACGACGCCUGCUGUGUAUAAGGAGAACGUCCGAAAGCCCAGAACGGUAGAGUGGAAAGAUACUGUUGCAGGCAAAAAUCUGAAAAAUGGCCGAAAGCCCAGAACCUUCUGAGCCCCGUGAUGGAGGUUCAGCAAAGAAAGAGAAAGGGCCACCAAAAGCUAAAGGAUCUCCAAAGGGAUCACCGAAAGCUAAGAGAUCACCAAAGGGAUCACCGAAAGCUAAGAGAUCACCAAAGGGAUCACCAAAAGGAUCACCAAAAGCUAAAAGAUCACCAAAAGGCUCACCCAAAGGGAAGCAAAAACCUUCUGCUAAAAAGGAUGAGGAACUUGACCUAUCUAUGGCAAGCAUGGGCCACCCAGAAAUCUUUCCCCUCGUCCUCACUGAAAAAACUCAGGAAAUAUUUAGUUGUUUUGUUGAUGUAGAUGUCACUGCUGAAAAUCCUUACAAACUUGUGAAAAAAGAGGAUAUAAUUCAAGAUAUGAAGACAAGAGCUGCAAUUUCUGACUUCCACCCAAUCAAAAAAAUUAUCCUAGAUUAUCCUGGGGAAGAACUUCUGAUAGUUUUUGACAGAGAAUUGAAAUAUGGACAAAUCUUUUAUCUUGUUGCAACUGAGGAGGCCAAGGAAAGCAUACUAAAUCCUCCAGAGCCAGAGGAAGAGGAAGGAGAGGUUAAAGAGGGGUCACAAGAAGAAUAUGUUUACAAGCCUCCAGUGCGCAAACCUUGGGUCUCGCUUGGAAGUGAAAAGGAAAUUGAAGAAGAAUCAGUUAAGGAAUCAUCAACAAAGAUUAAAUAUAUGAUUUCUCGGCCACAUAAAGAAUUUGGGAUUCGAAUUAAAUUCUACAACAGAAAUGCUUCCACUGAUAAACAUGGCUAUGUGGAAUGUACAUCUUACCAAGAUAAAAACUUCACCAUUCGCCAGCUUGAGAAAAAUAUUGGCAUACAGGUAGUUCCAAAAGAAAAAGUCACAGGCACUCAGACAAAAUGGACCUACCCCAAAAAUGCAACAACACAGUAUUAUCCUAGGGAAUUUUCAGAUGAAGAAAAAGAGGAGUAUUUGUCAUCAGAUGAGCUGAAAAACUUUAUGGUCUCUGUGGCUUUAAGAGUUGAAAUAGCACUGCAGCAAAAUGAGAUCAUGAAUGCCUUUUUUGAUGACUGGAAAGCUCUUGCAGAGGACGAAAGUGGCUUUGCGGGCAAGUCCGAUGUUUUCCUUAAGGAAUACCAGUCAUUUACAGACCUGCAUUAUCUCAAGGAUAGAACUGUUAGCUGCAUUUGCUGGCAUCCAACCAUUUAUGGGAUUGUCGCAGUGGCAGUAACAGAGAGACUUACAUAUGAGGAGCGAGUGCAGCAGUCUGGGAAAUUACUCCUGUGGAAAGCACCAAUUCUUUUUUGGAGUUUUGCAGAUCCUAUUCACCCUCAGCUAAUGCUGGAGUGCCCUGAAGAUAUCUACUGCUUUCAAUUCUCUCCAAGUGAUCCCAACAUCAUUGCAGGAGGUUGUAUGAACGGACAGGUUGUACUGUGGGACAUUUCAGAAUACGAAGAGAGGUUACAAAAUGCAAAGACUGGAGGAGGUGGAGGCAAGAGCACCACAGUUAAUAUGCCAAGCUUCAUGCUGGAGCAACAAGUUGGGAAGGAGCCACACCUGGUGAGAUACUGCGCAGUCUCUUGCAUAGAAUACAGCCAUAAAGCAGUAAUAACAGAUAUACACUGGCUGCCAGAUACUUUUGAGCUCAACAGAAUGGGCACCGUUUUUGAGAACAGAGCUGGAAUUUGUGCACAGCUUGUCACCUGCUCACCAGACUGUACAAUCUAUUUUUGGGAUCUCCGAUCCCAAAAACCUGCUAUCCAAGCUUCAAGUGAGAAGAAAAAGGAGGAGAAGAUCAUUGGAGUCCCCCCUGAUGUGCCUACUACUUUCAAACACCUAGAUCUCUCCUGGAGGCCGCUAAUUAAGGUAAAUCUGUCCAAGUCAAACACAAGUGGAGAGUUUAGUCCAACAAAAAUUAGUCUCAGAGAAGAAUACUACCACACAAAAUUCCAAGACAAGACGCAACCUCAAUUCAAAGCAGAGGCACCCAUAGAGAAAAUGCCAUAUAGCCAGAUACGGAACCCAUCCACAAAACCUCCUAAGCUGCUAGAAAAUAUCACCACCAACUUUUUUGUUGGAACUGAAGAUGGUGAAGUCCUUUAUGCAGACUGGAAGAUGGAAAGAGAUGGUGACUCAGGAAGACUGCUUAGUCAGAAGAUAACCAAUGUAUACACCAUCCAUGAUGGACUUGUCCAUACCAUACAGAGGUCUCCAUUUUUCAAAGACAUAAUCCUCACUGUUGGAGGCUGGAAUUUUGCAAUAUGGAAAGAAGGUGUAACGAGCGGACCACUCCUUCAGUCAAGCUGUGCGGCAAAAAGAUACACUGUUGGACACUGGUCCUUAUCAAGAGCAGGUGUUUUCUUUAUUGGAAGAGAAGAUGGAAACAUUGAUAUUUGGGACCUAUUGGAGAAAACUCAUGAAGCAUCUCAGACCCAGAAUGUCUGCAUUUCGAUGAUUACUUGCAUCAGACCUUGGAUCUACUCUUCGAAGCAACACUUCUUAGCAGUAUCUGACGACUUUGGUACCCUGCAUAUUUUAGAAAUUUCAUGGACUUUAAGUCACCCUUCCAGCAAUGAGCGGUCCAGUGUACUUCACUAUUUCGAGCGAGAAGUCAAACACCUUGAGUUUUUUGACCAGAGGCAAGAAUUCAGAGCCCAGGAAAGAAUAGUACUGGAGCAAGAAAAGUUGAUGAAGAAAACGAAAUUGAUUGGCGGUCAGCGAUCAAGAGAGCUAAUGGAAGAGCAAACAAAUCAAGAUUAUGCUGACUUUUUGGAACUAGAGAAGACCAUUCUGAUACGACUUGGACUACUGAAGGGACACGAUAAAUUUAGUACCUAAAAAGUCAAGUACCUUUGUGUCCAAGCACUGUUGUUUUAUUCAGGAUAGUAUAAAUCAUUGCAUGGGAUAUUUUAUGAGCGACCUAUGUAGAAUAGCCAUGAUCCAAAAACAUUACAUCUGUGCUGCAGCAGUCCCCACUGCCAAAGGGACAUGACACUGUUGAGUUUAGCUAGCAGCUUGUCUCUCUGGUGGUGGGCACAGCCAAAAGUGUCAUAUUAAAAAUUUGGCUCCAUGUGCUGCUCUCCUCUACCAGCCCUACAAUAUAAAUAAUAAAUAUUCAUGUAGGCAACAGUUUCACAUUUUUUAAGGUAUGCAUUCCUAGCUAAACACAAUUUGUCUUGCAUAUAUUUGUAUUAGCAUUAAUUAAAAGCCCAUAAUAAACUCAUUGAAAAGGC